AUGCAUACUUUAUUUGAUCCAAUCAAGUGCAUUACGCCUUGGAGAGAAACAUGGAGGUUGAGAGUGAAAGUUGUUAGACUUUGGUUUCAUGGAAACUCAGUACUAGAAGAAAAUGAUGAUGGGUUGCUGCACCUUAUACUGAUAGACCAGAAUCUGGAUAAGAUUGAAGCUAUCAUCAAAGAAUGUUUCAUAUCAGAUGUCGUUGAUGUGUUGGAUCAGGGAAGCGUUUACAUCAUGACAAAUUUUUCUAUUGUUCCAAAUAUUGGGUCCAACAGGGUAACUCAGCAUCGUUUCAAGUUGCUAUUUCAAGAAGAAACUACUAUCACCCCAGGAGUUCCUUUUUCGACUUUAAAUGAUGGUUUCAGUUUCUGUCCAAUAUCUGAAAUACUAGAAAAAAGAGGUGACUCUGACUAUUUAAUAGAUUUUGUUGGAGUUAUCACUGGUGUGCGUCCAGAUAAAGAAAUUAAUUAUUGUGGAAAAAUUAUUAAAGAUGUCAUCUUGGAGCUUUAUGCUGAUGGGAAGAAGAUUCAGUGCAAUGAUGGUUUAUUCUUUGUUGUAGCUAAAGUAAAAGAAAUCUUUGGUGGUGCUAAUUGGUGGCUGUUUUCAUGUGUCUGUGGACAUAGUCUUGAUCAAGUGGAUAAUGUAUUCCAUUGCCAAGUUUGUGACAAAGAUGUUGAUAAUGCUAUUGCAAAGUAUAGAGUUAGGAUUGUUGUUGAAGAUAGAAAUGCAACUGCUGUCUUUGUUCUUAUGGAUUCUGCUGCAACUAAAUUAUUUGGAAAGACAUGUUCUUCUGCAUUGAUGGAUCAUGAGAAAGAACUGAAUAAUGGUAUUCAAGCACCUAUCUAUACUCCCAUAUGUGAAGAUUAUCAUCACUAUGCAGAAGUUGAAAAAUAUAAAAGUCGAAUUGCAUGCGAUGCUUUUAUUCAUGCUUGCAAUGUUGAUGACAUGUUGCUUGAUCCUUUUGCCGUGCGUUACUGUUGUUCUACUCCAGAGCCAGUGGUGAUUUCUCAUGCAAGUGGUAGCAAUGUAUUCAUUCUUCAUGAUCGUGAAGUUAGGCAUAUUAUCAAGAAAGAUUGUGGUGAUUUGUUGAAUGAAAAAUCAAAUUUCAAAGAGACUAUUUAUGAGCAUAGAGUCCCGCCAACCAUGUCUGACUGUUUAAUUGGGAAGAAGAUGGUUUUAAUGAUAGAUCCUAGACCUGUUGGUUAUGAGUAUAAGACAACUGUGUAUAUAGUGCAUCGUAUUUGUGAUGAUGUUUCAUUGGUCAAUCUCUUUGAACGUGCUUCUUCAGUGCAUGAUAGAAAGCCAAGUAGUUUUCAAAUUGAAUUAUCGGAUUCUGUUCAUGGUGCCAAAGUUGUUGGACCUUCAACCUCAAGAAGGUUAAUAGCAGAUUCAUUCCAACCACGAAAUCAGAAAUUAUAUGAUAAGCAAUACUCAAUGGAUUUUGGUUGCACAACAGAGGCUACAGUUAAUAUGCAACAAAAGCCUUGUGAAUUCUCUGUUAACCAAGAGGUUAAUUCUACUACCAGCGAGAUAAAUUUGGCACAUGAAUUUUCUUCUGUUACAACUACAAAUCAACUUCAAGAUGCUUUUAAAUUGUGUAUCCAACGUCAAUCAGAGUCCAAUGUUAAUCGUGUUUUUGUUUAA